AUGGCGAAACUCGCCCCAUCGCGCGGCGACACCACCGCUGCGCCCUCCUCCAUCGCCAGCCGCGUGGCGAAGCGCACACGCAGCGCGUCCGCCCCCACCGACCGCCCCUCCCGCGCCGCCCGCCCCGAAAGCGCGCCGUCGACCGCGCCACCCAAGGCCGCGAAAACCAAGGUCACGAAGAGGGCGAAAGCGAAGGGCAAGAAGAAUGAAUUGGCCGCCGCCGCCGCCGCGAAGUCCGGGCUCUUCACCGCGCGCGCCAUCGUCGACGAGGACGCGAUGCGCGGAUACUUGAUCGACUGGGAGGGCAUUGAUCCGGCGACGGGCAAGGCGUACGCGCCGACGUGGGAGCCGAGGAGCUAUGCGAAUGCGGCGCUGAAGCGGGAGUGGCUGGAGAAGAGGAAGGCGCGGGAGGAGGGUGGCGAGGACGGGGCUGGGGGAGUUGAGGGCGUGCGGGGCGGGAAGGGACGGCGUCGAGAGGGGGAGGAGGGCGGACGGGCUGGCCGAGAGAAGACUGUGGCUGACGGCUCCAGAAAGGAAGGCGCUCCGAAACGAACUGCGUCCGGCAACUUGCUGUCCAUGCGUGAGCGCAAGUCUGGCACCAGAGAUGCGGCGCAGAACAUCGGAGCAAAGGACGGUGGCAAGCCUGACAAGUCUACGGCUCCUGACCGCAAAAUCGAACUCGACGCUGCCGACGAGUCUCAACACGACGAAUCACACGAACCGUUGAGCCUGAGCACGAGCCCGAGCACGAGCCCGAGCCCGAGCCCGGACCGCAAGCGCAAGCGCGAAGAUGACCCCGUUGAUGUCCAAAGCGGAUCUGAAACAAGAGCCGCAGGCCCUCGGCCUCACAAAAAGAAGCAGCGGAGCCAGGCGGCGAACCACGAGCCAGCGAAGCUAGAACCAGAGCCUCAGGACGAAGGAAUCUUCCCCGCAAGGGCCAUUACUGGCGAGAAACCGCGAUACUACCGCGUCGCAUGGGAGAAGGAUCCAAAGACCGGAAAGGAGUUUGAAGACACCUGGGAGCCCAAAAGCUACGUGUCACGGGAUUUGGUGGCUGAAUGGAAACAGCAGAAGGCAGGACAACCACAGAAGGCGCCGAAAAAGCAGCAGAGACGGCCGGCGAAGAAAGCCCAUGAGGACAAGCAGGCAGAGAAGGAGCAGGAAGAUGAUGUGUACUCCGCAAAGGCCAUCGUCGGCGAGCGACACCGCCACUUCCUUGUCUCGUGGGAGAAAGAUGCGAAGACUGGAGAGGACUUUGAAGACACGUGGGAGCCGAAGAGCAACGUCUCGGAGGAUCUCGUGGCUGAGUGGCGGCAAAGUAAGGAAAUCGCGCCGAGCGAGAAGCCCGUAGCAGAGGAGCAGGAACAGCCGCUAGCAAAGCCGCGUGAGGAGCCAGAGUCUGUGGAUGCGUCGGAGCAGAUAGAGCCGCAGGCCGAGCAGGGAGAGCAGCAGGAAAGGUCGAGCUCCAUGCCCCUCCCAGCCGAGCCUGUAACUCCGCGUCGAGACGAGGACGAGGAGGAGGAAGAGGACGACGAGGCAUCAUACCCACCGUCGUCCACCAUGAAAACCAACACCGUGCCGCCCGUCGCCGCCGCCGAUACCCCCACCACGGACAUGCUCGGGAGUGAGGAAGAGGGCGUCGCAAGCACCACCAAGUCAUAA